GUGCGGGCGGCGCGGGCGGUGCUGCGGGAACUGCCGGCCCCGUGAUGGUGCACCUCGGGCUGCGGCGGGUGGAGGACAGCGUGGCUGCCAAACACCCGGCGCUGCAGCAGUACGCGGCGUGCCAGGCCCACGCCUUCAUGAAGGGCAUCGGCACCUUCCUGGCAGGCGGCGGCGCUGCUUUUGCCGUGCAGAAGCUGGUGAACAAGAGGCUGCCGUACGCGCUGCAGUGGAACCUGCUGCUGUCUGUGGCGGCAGGGUCCUUGGCCAGCUAUAUGGUGACCAGAGUGGAGACGCAGAAAUGCUCGGACUUCUGGAUUUACUUGGAGACGGGCACAUCCCCGCAGGAGCACCGCACGGCUGACGGAGCGCCUCAGCCUGCAGACCAUCUGUUUGGCCUGGAGGAUGCAGAGAGAGUGCCACCACCCGUGAGGAGGAACAAAUAUGGGGACAUCGUGGAGUAGCCAGGAGCACAGUGUGCUGUGCCCACAUCCUACUGCUGCCCUCAGCCCUUCUGUCUGCUUGGUGUGCCCCUGCAGUGUGGGAGACAUCUGCAGUGCUGCUGGGGAGCUCAGGGGAGUCCCCAGCAGUUGUGUGUGAGCACCCAAUAAAAGUCCUGAGCUGAAUGCA